CAGUUCAACUUUCACGGUUUACUGAAAACUAUUUUAAGUAAAAAUGAAGGUUUCUCUGUGCCUAGUAUUAUUAGCUACAAUUUUUAUUCAUGCUAAGGCCGCUCCAGCUUUAGGUCUUGAUGUUCAGGGAAGCGCAGGACUAUCUUCAGGAGCUGGUGUUACUGUUAAUUCUAACAUAUUACAGCAUCAAUGGGAACUCAAUGGCCAACUAGGACAAGAUGACGUAAGAAGUAGCUUAGAAAGCUUAACAGUUGAUGGAUCAGGUAGAGCAAGUGGUAACUUAGCACUUAGCAAAAUAGAAAGCUUAUCAGCUGAUGGAUCAGGUAGCAGAAGUGGUUACUUGGGAUUUAAGAAAGAAGAAAGCUUAUCAGUUGAUACGCAAUCAGAAAGCGGAUUAGGUGUUGGAUCAGGAAACAGGGUGGGUAGCAUGUCACAUAGCGGAUUAGAAGGCAGAUCAGAAGGCGUAGUAGUUGAUGCAUUAGGUGGUGAUCUGUAUCAAUCAGGAUCAAUAAGAUUUGAUGCGGCAGCUAACUCAGCAUCUAGGGAAUCUGGUGAUAGAUUAGGAACCGGAUCGCAAAGUGCAUUAUUUCAUGAAUCAGUAAACAAAGAAGAUGUUUCAUCGGCCGAAUUUGGUAUAUCAGCCGACUCAGAAAAAAGCGAAUCGGGUAAAGGAACAGGUGAUAUUUUAGUGCUACUUAGCGGACCAAGAAAUGGAGCAGUUGAUGGAUCUUGUAGCGGAAAUGCUGAUGUCAUAGUGGAAAUUAUUCUGUUAGGUAGCUCAGAACAUAGCGGAUCAGGUGUGAAUGAAGAAGAGGUUCAAGAAGAAGCUUUUGAGAAAGCAGAGGUUCAAGAGGUUCACGAAGAGGUUCAAGAAGAAGAUUUUGUACAAAGAGAUGUUCAAGAAGAAGCUCAAAUUGUUGUUUAAUCCGCAGUCAGUGGGAGAAUUUGCGUGUAAGAUAAAGGUGAGGAGAAGCCCUUUUCAUUGCCCGGAUAUAUAUUAGUUUGUAGUUUCAGCAAAAUAGAAUGUAAAAAUAUGAUUAACUGUAUUUAGUUUCGCAUGUCCGAAAUAAGUAUAUAUAAAAUUGUCAAAAAGU